UAAACAAUAGUUUAGUAUUUGAAAUAAAUUAGAAAAUAUUGUAGAAUGCAAUAUCAAAUUUAUAUUGGACUAUUGUUUUUUGUCGUUAUUUCGCCAUGUCAAUCAAUGGAAUCCGUAUCUGCCGACUUAGCGCAUUUUUCGAUAUCUAAUAUACAAAAAGAUAUAGAGUGGUUAGGAGAAUUAUUUGAAAAACAAGAACGUGAAGCAAUUAGAAAAAACGAAAGGAUAAGAGAAAAAUUAUUGAAGACAAAUAAUAAAACUUCUUUUCAAGAAUUAAAUUAUGACGACAAAGAAGGGAGAAUAAUAGUAACACCUAGGUAUGAGGUGCAGACGAAGUGCAAGACACAAGUACUCCAAAGAGAGAACGGGGUAGCCGAGUAUAAGGUGCAGACGAAGUGCAAGACACAAAUACUGGGCGUACCAGAUAAUGAUUAUAACAAAGCACGAGGUGCAGACGAAGUGCAAGACACAAGUACUCCAAAGAGAGAACGGGGUAGCCGAGUAUAAGGUGCAGACGAAGUGCAAGACACAAAUACUGGGCGUACCAGAUAAGGAGUAUAACAAAGUACGAGGUGCAGACGAAGUGCAAGACACAAGUACUCUAAAAUGUCGAGGAAAAGAGUAUAUAGGUUAGAAAAGGAAUAAACAAAGACUUUACUUUAAACAGUAAGCCGGACAGCGACAACCGAGUACUGAGACUGAUGAAUGACACAAGGCACUGGAGUCGACUGACCACGAUGGUCAGGUCUAUUGGGUUUUUAUAAUAAUUACACCUAUUGCCGAUUUGGCAAUAAAUAUUAUUUGUUAAUUCACCAGUCUCAGGCAGCGGAUGUGCUGUCUGUAUUUUAUUAAAAUAAUUCUCACGAUUAUGAAAACUUGACACCAUCACAAAAUACUUAUUUAAAAUUUAAAAUUUACAAUAAAUAAAUAAAUUUUAGUUAUUUUUUUAGUUGGACAACUUAUAACAAAUAAUCUAUUGUUUGUAAUUUAUAUGUUCCCCAAAAAAAAAAACGAUAACAUAGUGAGGUCGCGACACCACAGUGUGGCCGUGGUAUAGUUGGGACAAUAUAAAUGAUACCUGACAGUGUAUAAUUAACUAUCAUAUAUGCGUUUCAGGACGCAUACAGAGAAAAUAAUAUUAUUCUGAUUAGGUAGUAGUAAUAUAGUUAAUUUGAAAAAUAUAACAUAUCUCAUGUAAAACGAAUAAUAUUAAUUAUCUUAAUAUAGUGAUUCUCAAGUUCCUUCAUUUUAGUUUGAUAUAAAUUAUUUUACGUAUUUAUAAAAUAAUAUUUUAUGUAUAAAGUACUAGGAUAGUAACAUAUACGUAUGUGUGCAUAGAUAAAUACUUAGAAAUAAAAAUAUAUAUACCUAGUAAAUACAUUUUUUAAUUAUAUUCAAUCAUACAAUGAUGUAGGUGUUUAAAAAGAUGAAUCAUUAUGUAAGCAAAUGGAUGUAUAUUUUUAAAAAUUACAAUAAUAUAUUCAAGGAUAUUUCGUCACUGUUUGCUCCAUUUCUA